ACCUCAGCGCUGGGGAUGCCGCCGCCUCCUCGUCCUGGCGCGCUGGCUCCUCCUCCUCGGCUGCGCAGUAGGCCUCAGGUCGCGACGUGGAGCGGGCUUCUUCCUCCGCCUCCUCGGCCUCCUCCGCCUCCCAUGGCCGCCGGGACGCGUUGGGUUCUGGGCGCGUUGCUCCGCCAGACCGGCGCCGCCUCCGCCUCGCUAGGCCUCUCCUCCUCCCGCCGCCUUCUGCGCUUCCUCGGCGCGGCAGCAGCAGCAGCAGCAGCGACGCAGAGCCGCGGGCUGUCUCGCUCCGCCGGGCCGGUGCCGGGCCUCAGCGCCUUGCCGGGCAGACCCCUCCUGGCCCCGGCCCUGGCCCUCCACGCCAGGACGGGCUUCGCGCAGGACCACAGUACUCCCUUUCAAGAAGAGUACCCUCCCCUUUCAGAAUAUGAGCCGCAUCCUGCCAAGUCAGGCGAGGAGGAAGAGGAUGUGUAUCUUAUCCGAGCCCAAGGCCUGCCUUAUUCCUGCACUGAGGAGGAUGUUCUCAACUUCUUUGCAGGCAGCAAAAUCCGAAAUGGUGUGAAUGGCAUACACUUCCUCUUAAACCGAGAUGGCAAGCGGAGAGGAGAUGCUCUGGUCGAACUGGAGUCAGAGCAGGAUGUGCAUAAUGCCUUGGAGAAACACCGGAGAUAUUUGGGACAGCGCUACGUGGAAGUUUUUGAAAUACAUAAUGAGGAUGUUGAUGCUAUCAUGAAGAGUCUGCAGUCCAGCUCUACGUCUGUGACCAAUGAUGGAGUGGUGCGGUUAAGAGGCCUUCCCUAUAGUUGCACUGAAGUGGAUAUUUCUGAUUUCUUCUCAGGUUUGUCUAUAAUUGAUAUAACAUUUGUCAUGGACCAGAGAGGGAGAAGGAAAACAGGAGAAGCCUUUGUGCAGUUUGCUACUCCUGAAAUGGCAAACCAAGCCUUGCUGAAGCAUAAGGAGGAGAUUGGGAACCGCUACAUAGAAAUAUUCCCAAGCCAAAGAAGUGAAAUCCGAACGCACAAUGGCUUUUUCCGGGGUAAGAAGAUGAUGGGUUUUCCCACCACAAAACAAGAUUCCGACUCAGUUUUUAAUGAAGGUGAUUUCAAUGAGGCCUUAAGACCUGUUGCAGCUUAUGAAAACGCUAAAGAACACGAACUAUUCAAGCAAGCAUUUGAAAGGCCCCGGGAUUUGCAGGAAUCUAGGAGUUUCCCUUCGCUUCAUUUUGUUCACCUGAGGGGCCUUCCUUUUCAAGCAACAGCCCAAGAUAUUAUAAAUUUUUUUGCGCCCCUGAAACCAGUGAGGAUCACUAUGGAAUAUAACUCAAGUGGGAAAGCCACAGGAGAAGCAGACGUGCACUUUGAGACACAUGAAGAUGCAAUUGCAGCCAUGGCCAAAAACAGGUCUCACGUGCAACAUAGAUACAUUGAAUUAUUCCUGAAUUCAUCACCAAGCAGAAAAAAUGGUUGCCAGUGACAGUGGUAUAUAAUUACCAAAGUUAGGAUAAAUCAAGAUGCAUCUCAUUUGCACAUUUUCCUGGGCCUGGCCUGCAGGCAUUCCUGUAACCAGGAAAGGACAAAUUCUAGAGGACAGUUUUUCCUGAAUUGCUUUUCAAGGAAAAUCCCAUAGCUGUAUCUAAUCUAAAUACCUAUAUAAUUGUUUGUGCAGGAUAUGUUUUCUGUAAAUCCAAAAUUAAAGUUAAUUGUCCUUGUAACUUCUUGCUACAGUACAUGACCUGUUAGAGUGAGGGCCAAGUGCUGGUGUACGGAUAUAUUAUCAUAGAUGGUCAUCAUUCAUGAACCUGACCGGUGCAGAUAGGAGCUAGCUCUGGCUUCAAGAACACUGCCAAACAUCAGUGCAAGCUCAACUGUUACACGACUAGUGUGUGCAUGGUCAUGCGUUAAGAGAGAGGAAUAUAUGAUUCUGUAGCUUGCUGCCAUCUUCACCAGUCCCUUGCAAUGAACAUACCAGAAAUGCUUUGAUUCAGCAUUUUGUUCAGGAAGAUUGUCACUAUGAGAGUGGAAUAGUAAAGCCCCACAAUAAAGAGCUUUGCAUGAAGAUGGAUGUGCUGAUGGAUACAUUGGGUCAAAGGUCAAAGAUAACACUUGCACAUGGAACUUUUGGUUAUACUUAAGAUGUAGUACUAUGUACUGGCUGGAAACAAAGCACUGCAGAUUCUCCAAAAGGCACCAUUUGAACACAGUGUGAGUGUAAGAUUAUUUAGACCUUAGCAAAGCAGUGUAUGCUGAAGCCAAAAAACAAUUCCCAGUGCCUGAGUUGAUGAGGUUUACUUAUGGAAGGGUAAUUGCAAAUAAGCAGGGUUUUUUUUUUCCUUUGGACAUUGGGUGGUUGGGAGUGUUACCCAAGAGUUCCCAAAAUCCCUGAAUGGGAGGUUGAAUGAUGUCUGAAUGGGUGAAUGAUAGGGAGAUUCCCUUCAAAACCAGACAGAAAGUGCCUUCUGUGAGCUGAAGCUGCCCACUAACAGUGACACCAGAGUGCAGACUAAUCUGGUGCCAGUUUCAGAUAAUUUGAAAGUACAGAGAUUACUAUUAAGUGGAGAUAAACUUAGCACCUGCACUUUUUGGCCUAAGUGAGACAGUGAUCACAUUUGCCAACUUUACUGUCCUCUGCCUAUAUGUUUUCCCCUGGCUCUUGCAUAAGUGUUUUGGUCCUAUACAGCUUGCAUUUCACAAAUACGGCCAUGCCACUUGUGUUAUCAGGAGCCACUGCAUCCUAUGAGUAAAACUACGAUUAACAGAGAAGAUGCCCAGCCCCAAACUGCUGGAUGCCAUGUACUGUGACAAGGUGUUAAGCACUGCUUAGUUUUGCUUCUGAUCAUUUUAAGUUUAUGUAUGAAACUAAUAAAUGAAAAGCUUUUCCUUAA